UUCACUGUUACUAAGCGCGCGAAAGGAAAUUGUUGCUUUAACGGUCUUACCGAAUUGAAGGAAGAGAAAUGCGCUCUCACUCACUCACUCACUCACUGAGCAAAAAUAAUCUCAAUGGCACUUUCUGUCUCGCAAAACUCAAAAUUCUACUUUGCCAAUCCUUUUCUUCUCUUCCAAUUAUCCCCAAUUCUCUCAAACUCACGCCUCUCUCUGAGCCCCUCUAUAAACACCAUUACAAUCCACGUCCACCAAUCUCCUUUUUUUUUACCCUCUGUGUUGGCGCAAUCUCAUAAAUAUGAAGCCAAGAUCUGGGCGUAUCCUAAGCAUUUAUGGCAGAAGAUUGUUAUCUAUGAGAUCAGACAUGAUCGAUCCUAUUAGGAUUCGUCAACGUGAAGUGGUGUCGUUGUUCCAUUACUUGACAGGAUUUAUUCAGUGGAGAGAGAGAGAGAGAGAGAGAAGAGUCAACGCAAAACCAAGAUCAGAAAUGGAGAAAAGAAAUGGAGAAAGCCCAGACAGAUCAAUUCCAACCCCACAUUAAAACUUGCUACUUUUCUCUUCUCUGCUCAUCAUUCAAUUGAUCCUCCACAUGAGAACUUCUUUUUUAUUUUCCACCAGUUUCAUAUUCUAUGCUCUUGUCUCUGGUUCUUUGUUCUCUGAAUUCAUCUCUCCAAAUUUCACUGCUUCAUACCAUCGGUUCAUUGAUAACAAAGGGGCUUUCCUCUUCUCUCGUAAUGGAACAUUUAAAGUUGCUGUCUUCAAUCCUGGAGGAAAGACCAACUUUUACUUGUGUGUUAUCCAUGUGGCAUCAGGUACUAUCAUAUGGUCUGCUAAUCGGGAUGCUCCUAUCUCAAGUUCAUGUAAAAUGGAACUUACAGUCCAAGGAAUUAGCAUUGCUGGACAAGAUGCCAAUCUCAAAUGGGCAACUCCACCAUUGAGAUCUUCAGUUCAUGCAUUACUACUAACUGAGAUGGGUAAUCUUGUUUUACUUGACCGAUUUAAUGGUUCUCUUUGGGAGAGCUUCCACUAUCCAACAGAUACAAUAGUCAUUGGACAACACUUGCCUGAGGGAGCAAUCCUGUCCAGUGCGGUAUCUGAUGAUGACUUAUCAACUGGUGAUUACCAGCUUGCUAUCACUGAUUCAGACGCAAUAUUACAGUGGCAAGGGCAGGCAUACUGGAAAUUGUCAAUGGAUAUCAGAGCUUAUAAAAACUCUAAUUAUAUUGUGGAAUAUAUGGCAAUAAAUAGAACUGGUCUCUUUCUGUUUGGUCAUAGUGGAUCUGCUGUUGUAAUUCAGAUAAGUUUGUCACCAUCUGAUUUCCGAACUGCCCAGUUGGGUGCUUCUGGUCGCUUUAUGAUCAGACGCUUUUCUGGUAGUGAUAGGGAACAGGAAUUUCUGGGGCCAAUUAAUGAUUGUCAAAUUCCACUCAUCUGUGGAAAAAUUGGAUUGUGUAUGGAUAAUAAGUCCAACAGAACAACUUGUUCGUGUCCACAAGGUUUCCAUCGAGUUUCACAAAAUUCUAGUGGUUGCAUGCCAAAUGGUCGUUCUUUGCCGCGUGCUUGUGAUUCAACCAGUCAGUUGAAUCCCUCUGCUCUUUCAUAUUCAAGGCUUGGUUAUGAUAUGGAUUACUUUUCUAUUGAUUUCUCUGAGCCUGUAAGAUAUGGGGUAAAUUUGUCAGUUUGUCAAGAGUUUUGCACAUCAGACUGUUCUUGCUUGGGAAUUUUUUAUGCAAAUUCAUCAGGAUCUUGCUAUGCACUUGAAAAUGACUUGGGUUCCAUCAUAUCAAGCGCUGCAGAUGAUGAUGAUGAUCUGUGGGGCUACAUUAAAGUUAUAGUUGGAGCAGCUUCAGAUAUCAAUAACACCUAUAGUGAUCAAACUCAACAAUUCCCUGUAAUUGCUCUGGUAUUGUUACCUUUCACUGGACUCCUCCUAAUGGUUGCUCUUGGUUUCCUCUGGUGGAGAAGAUGGAAAGCUUCAAAUAGAGAGAUAAAACUAGGUCAUGCAAGCUCACUUUCUUCUGGUGAUCUGGAUGCCUUCCACAUCCCAGGCUUACCCCAACGGUUUGACUAUGAAGGGAUUGAGGUGGCUACUGAUAAUUUUAAAACACAGAUUGGCUCAGGCGGGUUUGGUGCUGUAUACAAGGGCACAAUGCCUGAUAAAUCAGUUGUGGCAGUAAAGAAGAUAACCAAUUUAGGAGUACAAGGGAAAAAAGAUUUUUGCACUGAAAUAGCAGUCAUUGGAAGCAUACACCAUGUCAAUCUGGUGAAAUUAAGAGGAUUUUGUGCCCAAGGUAGACAUCGCCUUUUAGUUUAUGAGUAUAUGAAUCGUGGCUCACUGGACAAGGCCCUUUUUGAUAGUGGACUUGUCUUGGAAUGGCAAGAGAGGUUUGAGAUAGCACUUGGAACUGCUCGUGGGCUAGCAUACUUGCACACUGGGUGUGAGCAAAAAAUUAUCCAUUGUGACGUCAAACCUGAGAACAUUCUUUUGCAUGAUCAGUUUCAGGCCAAGAUAUCCGAUUUUGGCCUCUCAAAGCUUCUAAGCCCUGAGCAGUCCUGUUUAUUCACAACAAUGAGGGGCACUCGUGGCUAUCUUGCACCUGAAUGGCUUACUAACUCAGCAAUCUCAGAAAAAACAGAUAUUUAUAGUUUUGGAAUGGUGCUACUUGAAAUUGUGAGUGGAAGGAAAAAUUGCUCGACCCGAUCACAAUGCCAUAGCGUGGACAACCGCAACAGUGGUGGUGGCCACUCAACGUCAUCAUCAAGGUCAGGAGUUGUGUAUUUCCCAUUAUUGGCAUUGGAGAUGCAUGAGCAAGGGAGGUACAUGGAGCUUGCUGACCCAAGACUAGAGGGUAGGGUCUCAAGCGAAGAGGUGGAAAAAUUAGUGCGUAUAGCUCUAUGUUGUGUUCAUGAGGAACCAUCAUUGAGGCCUAAUAUGGUUAGUAUUGUAGGAAUGUUGGAAGGCUGUAUCCCUUUAGGUCAGCCAAAAGUGGGAUCUCUAAAUUUCUUGCGGUUUUAUGGGCGUAGAUUUGCUGAGGCAUCCAUGAUAGAGCAGGAGAAUGGGCAAAGUGACUUCACUUUGUUUCCGCAAGCAAAUGAUUCUACAACAAGCACUACAAGCGACUCCCGUAUUUGUUUGUCCUAUAUCUCCUCGCAGCAGAUCUCGGGACCACGAUAGAGUGAUAUGUUUGAAUGUUAUUUUUAGUAUUUUGAAUGAUAUGCAAACCGCAAAUAUUUGCGAUUUUGAAUAUCAAUUAUUCAUGGCACUAUUUGUAGAUUGGAAUCAACUUUUGCACAUUUGAUGAGAAGUUCCAAGAUGAGCUGAUCAACAAGUAAAUGGUUAGACUUGGUGUGUGCACCAUAUUAGAUGUUACGGAUUUUGUAUUAUUCUUCUAAAUUGCACAUGUGCUAUUGUUGCUACGUCUUCUAGCAAGAGGUUGAUGCUCUGUAUAUGUGAGCUACCUUCAUGAUACUUACUUUAAAGCUUUCAUUUUUAUGAUAUGAUUAUGUGCAGGCUUUUUUUGUGAUUCUUUUGAAUAAUUUUUCAUUUUCUGUAAUCUCUUGCUCACAGUUCAUGUGCUACAGUGGAAAAUUUUUGUGA